AUGGUGAAUGCCAUUAUGGAGGACUACCAAGCGUUGGGUCGCAGGGAGGAGGAGUCGGUUCGCCUGCGUGUUGAGGCGGAAGAGUUGGUAAGAGCUGCUCGUGCGGGUGCGGAGCAGCAUGAAAAAAAUAAGGCUGCUUUUGAGAAGCAUAAGCUGAUCGAGGAGUGGGCUGCAACCGCUGAGCUGAAACAGGAGUUGAUUAAUGCUAUGGCAGCGAAUGCUGCUUUAGGAAAGGAGAAGGCUGCGGCCGAAGCAGUCGCUGUUAAUGCCCGGGAGGCAGAGGCCUGGUUAGCAAAGGCGCUUGAAGAGGCCAAAGAGGCGGGCGCCCGUGCUGCAAAGGCUCUUGAAGAGGCCAAGGAGAGGGAGGGACGCGUUUCUAAGGCUCUUGAAGAAGCGAAUGCUGAUCGCGACCACCUGAACCAGAUUGUUGCGAGCCUUCAGGCUGAGGUGCAGACUCGCGAGAACAAGCUUGCGGAGGUUACUACCCGCGCGACUGUAGCUGAAAAGCGGGCUAGCGAGAUUGUUAAGGCUAUCCUGAAUGCGCCUGAGACUUCCGGGUUUCGUGAUGUGAACACCGAAGCGCUUCUUGAGGCGGCUUGUGCAUCAUUUUACGACACGUCUAUCGCUGCGCUUGAGGAGCUUGACAAGUGCCUGGAUGCGCCUGACUAUGUAGACCGUUUACGGAUGUUGUAUGCUAAUGUUGAUGACUCGGAUGAGGAAGAGGUUGCUGGUGACGCCAAAGGUGGCGCGGGUACCAGCGGUACAAAGUAG